AUGUCGAGCACUUCACCAGAGCCGUCCCCAGCAUCUGCAACUGGACGCAGCAGGACUUUUUCCAUCUCUAGAGACAAGCUCAAGAUUGACAUCCCUUCUCCGCGUCUAGCCCUGCUCACGAAUAGUAACGGCAACACGACUGAAAAUGGAGCUCUACACUCUCCAAAUCCGCUAAAAUCUCCCAAUUCUCGCCGCAUGCAAAUCUUGGCUCGCGACGGAAUCCUGGGAUCAGGCCAGAAAGUGAGGAAUCUCUCACAGUCCUCCGGUGACAGGGAACCCGGGAUAAACGGUGCGCAACACAGACCAAACAGCGACGACGGCAUCAAUCCGUUGAAGAGAAGGAUCACCGAUGCUGGUAUUGACUAUCCCAGGCGCAGAGCCACCAUAGCUUGCGAGAUAUGUCGUUCCCGAAAAUCCAGAUGUGAUGGAUCAAAGCCAAAAUGCAAGCUGUGCACCGAUCUCGGAGCAGAGUGCAUCUAUCGGGAGCCUGGGAUCAAACUGGAUGCGGGCGACAAGCUCAUCCUAGAGCGUCUCACCCGGAUCGAGGGCUUGCUGCAGAAUAGUCUAGUCGGGCGGGCCUCUAGUAUGGCAAUAUCAGCGGGUUCGCCAUCGAUAACUGGGGCUACUACUAUCAGCCAUGAGGACAUAAUGAUGCAAAGCACCAGCGACUUCGUCUCCAUGAUCCCCGCCACAGGUCUGAGAACAUGGACUACCCCAACAAAUAUCUCAACGAUGCCAAAGAUCCAUACAAAUGCUGCACUCCAUCUCCUUCAAUGGCCUUUGAUUCGUGAUCUGGUAUCGCGGCCCUAUGAUCCUCAAAUUCUCCUCCAACUCGAGAUGGCUCGAGAACCCCUCGCUCUAUCGAAGACACCAUGCCUAGACCUGUCCAAUACCUCAGCCUACACCGAGUCAUUUUUCUCCAAAGUCAACGUAUGGUAUGCAUGCGUCAAUCCCUUCAACUGGAAAAACCACUAUCGCACUGCACUGUCCAAUGGGUUCCGUGAGGGCCCCGAGAGCUGCAUCGUGCUUCUAGUACUAGCUCUCGGCCAGGCGAGCUGCGGUACAAGCAUUUCCAGAGUUCCGCCAAGCGAAGAUCCACCAGGACUACCAUAUUUCGCAGCUGCUUGGGCUCUGCUGCCUGGCUUGAUUACGAGAAACUCGGUUCUCUCUGCCCAGUGCACACUUCUGGCCUCAGCGUACCUCUUCUAUUUGGUCCGUCCCCUUGAAGCCUGGACACUGUUGAGCAGUACCAGCACCAAGCUUCAGCUCCUUCUCAGCGCACCCGGGAGAAUCCCGAUAGGUCAGCGGGAACUAAGCGAGCGAGUCUACUGGAACGCCCUUCUGUUCGAGAGCGACCUUCUCGCUGAGAUGGACCUCCCACACUCGGGAAUCGUCCAAUACGAAGAGCUCGUUGGUCUGCCCGGCGGGUUCGAACCAGAGAUGGAAGAGAGUGUUGGCCGUGACGAUUUAUGGUACUUCCUGGCUGAAAUUGCGCUCCGGCGCCUUCUAAAUCGAGUCAGUCAGCUCAUCUACUCCAAAGACUCAAUGGCAUCGAUGCAGAGUCUCGAGCCCGUGGUGGCAGAAUUGGACUUCCAGCUAGCGCAAUGGUACGAAAGCCUACCGGUUGCGUUACAGUUUCCUUAUGGUCGGACCCCGCUUGCAGACCCGGUCCAGACGGUGCUGCGUCUGCGAUACUUCGCCUGCCGGACUAUCAUUUUCCGACCUUACAUCUUUGCGGUCCUCGACAAUGAGCAGUCAGCGAUGGAUGCUUCGGUUCGCGAGAACUGCCGAAAGUGUCUCGAGGUUUCCAUCAGACAAUUGGAGCACAUCACGGCUCAUCAUGCCGGUCACAUAUCGUAUCUCUGGCAAGGGGCGCUCUCCAUCGUCUCCCAAACCCUGCUCCUGAUGGGCGCCACCAUGUCGCCAUCACUAUCCAGCAUCGUCGCCACCCUGGUCCCCAAAAUGAACACCGUCGACGCGAUCAUCAACAACGUCGUUCUGGAGAUCGAGCGAUAUGCACAUCUUGCACCUAGCCUGAGUCUCGGAGCCGAGAUCAUCCGCGAGGCUGAGAUGCGGCGGCGCAGCUACCUCGGCGGAGGAUAA